AUGUUCUACUCAGCUUCGAAUGAUGGUACUCACAUCAUUUCUACAGGUGGUUCGUCCCCUGCCCUUUUGAUCAAUUCCUCGUUAACAGAGAAGGUGGACAAUAUACCGGACGUCUACGCUAAGCUUCCCAAGACGCAAGUGUCCUGUCUUCUUGGUACCAUUAAGUUGAAGUACCACAAGUACAUUGUUCUCGCAGACAAGCACACGGUGACUGGGUCGAUUUUGGGCCACCAGAUUGCCAAGAUCGAUUCCUUCAAGUUGAUCCCGAUCUUAACCGGAGGUCCCUCGUCAUCCGCCACAUCUGACAGUGAAGAGAAGCACUACUUGGACUUAUUGAACAGCCACUUGUCCAAUGCCACGUUAUAUUUCAGUGUUGACAACACCUUUGACUUGACCAGAAGAUUGCAAGACCAGUAUGGAGCCACUGCUGCUGGUGGUGCCCCAGUCGGACCAGAUCCCAAGUUCUGGUGGAAUCACUAUUUGAGUGCAGAAUUAUCCUCGAACGCAGAUUUCGCCCAGUUCUUCAGUCCUGUGAUUUACGGGUACUUCAAGUCAUCAACAAUCCAAGCUCCAGACCACAGGUCGUUUGAGUUUGCUCUUUUAACUCGUAGAUCGGUCAAUAGAGCUGGUACUAGAUAUUUCCGUAGAGGUAUUGACACGGACGGCCACGUUGCUAAUUUUAACGAAACUGAGCAGAUCUUGACUACUUCAAACAACCAGAACCAAAGUAACCAAAUCUUUUCCUUCUUGCAAAUUAGAGGAUCAGUUCCAAUUUACUGGGCUGAAAUCAAUAAUUUGAAGUAUAAGCCUAACUUGGUGAUCUCACUGAAGACGUCAUUAGAACCAACCACUGCUCAUUUCCAAGAAUCUGUGGAGAAGUAUGGUGAGACGUACUGUGUCAACUUGGUGAAUCAAAGUGGAUACGAGAAGCCUGUCAAGGAAGGCUUUGAGCUGAUCUUGUCCAACAUCGAAUCGUCGAAUCCAGAGUUGUCCUCCAAAAUCCACUACAUUUACUUUGAUUUCCAUCAUGAAUGCAGGAAGAUGAGAUGGGACAGAGUGGACUUGUUGUUGAAGCUGUUAAUUGACUUACAAUACACCAGUGACAAUUACUUCCAGUAUGACUUGACUACCAAACAGAUUGUUUCUGUUCAGACCAAAGUUGUCAGAACAAACUGCAUGGAUUGUUUAGAUCGUACUAAUGUUGUCCAGUCCACGUUGGGCCGUUGGAUUUUGCAAAACCAAUUGACCAGAUCUCAAUACUUGGUUGAAAACAAUGUCACACCAUGGAAAGUGGUUAUUCCAAGUUUAUUACCAGUUUUCCAAAACUUUUGGGCUGAUAACGCUGAUUCAGUCAGUUGCUCUUACUCUGGGACUGGUGCCUUGAAGACUGACUUCACUAGAACAGGACAGAGAACCAAGCAGGGUGCUUUCAAUGAUUUGGUUAAUUCUAUUACAAGAUACUACAAGAACAACUAUAACGAUGGGAACCGUCAAGAUGGAUACGACUUAUUUUUGGGUAAGUAUAAGCCGUUCCAAGAUUCCAUCAACCUGCCAUUUAUCGAUAGAAGACCUGCCUAUGUCCAGUUGUUACCAUACUUGAUGGGUACUUCCAUUUUGGUAUUGUUUGCAAUUUUAAUUUUCCCAAGAGGCUCCAUUACUGAUUUGAACAACCUGUUGGCCAUUGGGGUAUCACUUUUGUCCACCAUCAGAAGUUUGAUGUAUCUUAACAAGCACGGGUACCAGUUUGUUAACUGGCCUAAAUUGGAAAAGUUGGACUACUUAAAGAAGGUUGAUGCUUUCGACGGAGAGGGGAAACUGGUUGGCAUCAAAUACGAAGAGAAUGACAACUUCAGAUCUGUCCACACUAAGGGUGAAUGA